UUCACUGGCCCUAAAAGUAUAAUGUGACCACGGCCCACCCAGGUCAACGGCCUCGACAUGCAGGCUGCGACCCACCAUGAGGCGGUCUGCGCCCUCAGGAAUGCUGGGAGCUGCAUCAAGAUGAAAGUACUCAGAGAGAGGCUGUUACCUCCAGAGGUGUGUGACCUGGAGGAGCCUCGGGGUCCUCAGGACGUGACAGGAAGACAGCUGUGCAGCCAGGACAGCGGAAGCCAGAGAAGCAAACAGCCAAACAUGGAAAGCGCUGAGGACUGUUUGUCCAAGAAGAUUGAGGUGGUUGUCUGCAACGGCAAUGGCAUUUCUGAUUUGGAGAGGGACCAGAAGAGGACCUUGUCUGAACUGGAGGGAGGGGCCUUGACGGAAAAUGAGUCACUUCAAGGGGCGAAACAUAGAAUGACAAUCCCGCGGAUCAUCCUCACUCAUCCCUCUACCUCAGAUGAGGAUGUGGAGCUCUUGACACAGAGCACAAGCAGAGAGCCGCUGCAUGACUCUGACAGACGUGCACACUGUUUUGACAGUGCUUUCUACCCACCUUGACCACAGCGUAAGGGAACCUACGUGAUGGAAUCAGACUGUUAUUACCCAGCUUUUAGGAGUUUUCAGUGAAGUUACUUUGAAAGAUUAGUGUGAAACUGAUUUUUUGUCUGUCAGAUUAAAUUGCUGCUAAUAGUGUUUGGAGACAUUAAAGUCAUUUACAAGAAUGGACACUCUCAAGACUUUAUUUUUAUUACUAAAACUACAGUUCUGCCUUUGCAACUACAUUGAACAGAGAAAGCAUGAACAGACUACUCUCUAAUUUCCAAAUGAAACAUGUCAUAGAUUUAAAUGCCGUUAAUCAAACAAUGAAUGCUGGCUACCUCUGCUUCACACAACUGUGCUGUAAAUUAUGGAUGUGCUGUUAAAUAGCCCCUCCACCAGCCAUUAACUUGUUAUAGUAUGUACAGAAAUAAAUCACCACAUGGCUGAACAGACUACACAACAGGGGGUCCGAGACCUGAGACAGACGGAACUAUGCCUCACUGUAUAAGCUAAAUUCAAAGAGAUUAUACACUCUCUUUCUGAAAAGACUAUAGAUGUCAAUACCUGCCUUGUAUUAUUUCACAGCUUUUACAUUCCCACAGUAACUACAGUUCAAUGUUAUGUGUUAAUUUUCUCAAUAAAGUGCAAAUAUAUUGUU